UUGCAUAGAUUUUUUCAGCUUCCUUGGAGAGUCAUAGGUCAUCAUGGACAAGAAGUUUCGUGUCAACACUAACGGCGAACGCGACAUCUGGUCAACGGCGGAGGAGACUCCGGAAACGGCAACGUUUAGGCGAGGUGGGUCUCAGUCACAACCACCACAGAUGCAGCAGCAGCCGUCGUCUCAGUUUCAUCAACAGGAGAGUUCUCACCAGAGGGUUUCUAAUGGUUUCUUGAAUGAUCUGCAAACCCUAGAAUCCUCUUUUGGUGGCCUCUCUUUCUCUGAUUCAACUGUUCGUCAGAACGGUCAACCGAUGCCCCCUAAUCGGUACAAUCAGGUGAUCAACGGCGGCGGUAGUGGCGUUGUUGGUGGUGGUGGUAAUGGGUAUCUGAGUGCUGGUUACUACCAGCGUGAAGGGAUGCAGAGGUUUAAUCAGAUGCAGCAGAGACUGUCUGUUGAGAACGAUUGUUCUAAUCGAUCGUCGUAUGAUACUUAUGGGUUGCUUAACAAUGGUAUCAUGAAUGGAGUUUCUUAUUCUUCAAGAAACCAUGUCUCAGAUCAGAACCCUUGGGAUUACAGUAAUGGUUUUGGGACUGGAAUGAACAAUUCUUGGAUGGGUUAUGGUUAUAAACAUGAUCAGGCGUUGGCUAUGGCGAACUGGAGGGAGCCGCCAUCGAUACUUUCGAUGGCUAAAGAUAAAGAUUUGAGAGACCAUCUGCUGAUGCUUCUCUUGGGUCCUCAGGAGAGCGUUGAUGUGAUCUACAACGCUCUCUUUCCUCAUCUCUUUGACUUGAUGGUGGAUUCUCAUGCUAAUGAUGUCGUUAGGAGGCUUAUGGACAAAUGCAGCCCCGAACAGCUCAUUCAGAUUCUUGAUAUGGUUACUCAGUCCCAGUCUCAGUUUGUUAACCUAUGCUUUGAUCCACUCGGAACCAAGGCAAUGCAAUCGCUGGUGAUUAAUAUAAGACUUCGUUGUGGGGAGGAUCAAAUUUUGCGCUUCCUGGGAGCUAUAACCACGGUUGCACUUCCGUUGACAAGGAGCAGCAAUGCUAAAGAAGUGAUUCUGGAAUGCUUUUGCCAGUUUACUUUCCUGCAGUGUAGGCAUCUUGUUGAAGUUGUAGCUGGACAUUGUUACCAGAUAGCGAUUGAUCAACACGGCUGCUGCCUGAUUCAGCAAUGUUUUAGCAAUAAACGUCCGAUGCCUUUUCAAAUAAGGCAGCGUUUUAUUAACGAGAUAAUCACUCAUGCGUUGAAACUCUGCUUGAACUGCUACGGAAACUACGUGGUACAGUAUGUCGUGGAGCUGGAAAACCAACAGGUGACAGAAGCGCUCGUGGUACAGCUGUUAGGGAGCUAUGCAUACCUCGCCCGUAACAAAUAUGGAAGUCAUGCUGUCCAGAAGUUGCUGCAGCUAAAGAGUAUCAACACUAGGUUGAUCGUAAAUGACUUGGUUCAAGAGAUUGAUACACUUCUUCUCGACCCGUUUGGGAACUAUGUCAUUCAAACCGCAUGGUUUGUCUCUAAGGAUGAUGUGCGCCAAAUGUUGAGGUGGCAUAUUGAGCGUAAUAUUCGGUUGAUGAGGUGUAACAAGUUUGGGAACAAGAUUCUGGAGAGGCUCAAUAUCUAGAGGAGAGAGGAGGAGCCCCAUUGGUAGAAAAGAGAAACAAUGUUGUUUGGUGUUUGUUAGUUGGCUUUGGUGUUGUUAGCUUUCUCUGUUUUGAUUGAUUCAGAUUUUGUGUUGUUGCUGGUUACUAGUAUUUGAUUAGCCGUUGUUGAUGUUUUCUAGGUGAGAGUGUUCUCUGUGGGUGUUUUCUUUUACUUUAACGUUUUGUUAAAUCAUAGGAUAAUUGUUAGACACAGCACCAAAAAACACACACCAUGUCUUGUCUGUUUGAGAUUUAUGUGUGUUUUGUGUUGUGUUCUGAACUUUUUCUCUAUGUAAAACUCUGAACUAUUCUUUAUUUUAGAGU